AUGGCAAGCUCACCACCUUCACCCUCCAGGUCACCACCUCCACCAAAAGUCGAAGAAGAACACACCAUUCCACCACCAGACCCUCUUGCUCGGAUCUACUCACGGUCAAGCUUGGAGUCGUCAGAAAAAAUCAAGGAGGAAAAACAAACCGCCGCCCGUCAGCUCAGACGUAGUGAUGAUGACGAUGAUAGCAUCGAAGCCGUUGGUACCAUCGCCGGCGGUACGGGCAACGGCAGCGAUGACGACCACGAGAACAACAAGGAACGAAACGAGCUCAACCGCACCAAAUCCUACGCCACAAGCGUGAACUCGGCCGCUCUCACCAACCCCCCUUUACCAGUUCAGAAGCCAUGGUACAAGCAACCUAACCCCCUCCGCUGGGGCAAGAUCCCGCCCAUCCCAGAGGAGAGGGUAGUUUCUCCCGAACACAAGGCCGGUUUCUUCAGCAAGCUCGUCUUCCACUGGAUGGGUCCCCUCAUGACCACGGGUUAUAAACGCCCUCUUCAGCCGACAGACAUCUACAAAGUCAACCCUGACCGGUCUGUCGAACCGCUCACCGAGCGGAUGAAGGAGUCGUUUGAGAAGAGGGUCAAAAGAGGGGAUAAAUACCCUCUGUUGUGGGCUAUGCACGAGACGUUCGCCUGGGAGUUUUGGCUGGGCGGUAUGUGCCAGCUGUUGGCGACUAUCCUUCAGGUCAUGGCGCCGUUCACGCUGAGGUACCUCAUCCAGUUUGCGCAGGACGCCUGGCUUGCGGAUAGGGUACCGGAGUUUCCGGAGCCAAAUUUGGCGGCGGGGAUAGGGUUGGUUGUUGGGGUAACGGGGAUGCAGGUGUUGUCGAGUUUUUGUAUCAACCAUUUUAUCUACCGGGGCAUGGUUAUCGGGGGGAUGGCCAGGGCGAGCUUGAUUAGUCUGAUCUAUGAGAAGAGCAUGGUGGUCAGUGGGAGGGCGAAGGCGGGCGGGGUUGGGUUGCCGGAUAUUCCUGCUGCGGUGGCGGCGAAGAAGCAGGGGGGGAAGGAUAAGAGGGGUGGAAAGGGGGGACAGGAUGCUGGGGCUAAUGGGGAAGGUUGGGGAAAUGGCAGGAUCAUCAACAUCAUGAGCGUCGACACGUACAGGGUUGAUCAGGCCUGUGGCUUGUUCCACAUGAUCUGGACUGCUCCCUUGUCAUGUCUUAUCACGCUUGCGUUGCUUCUCGUCAACAUCACCUACAGCGCCCUGGCUGGUUUUGCCUUGCUGGUUGUUGGUAUGCCCAUCCUCACCAGGGCCAUCAGGAGCCUGUUCAGGCGGAGAAAGGACAUCAACAAGAUUACCGACCAGAGAGUCAGUCUGACGCAGGAAAUCCUCCAGUCGGUUCGAUUCGUCAAAUUCUUCGGCUGGGAGGGCUCGUUUUUGCAGAGACUGGGAGAUUUUCGAAACCGCGAGAUCUCGGCCAUUCAAGUCCUUCUCUCGAUUCGCAAUGCCAUCAUGGCUAUCAGCAUUUCACUGCCCAUUUUUGCUUCCAUGCUGGCCUUUAUCACCUACUCGCUUACCAACCACAACCUGGCGCCUGCUGAAAUCUUCUCGUCGUUGGCUCUGUUCAACGGUCUGAGAAUGCCACUAAAUCUGUUGCCCAUGGUUAUUGGCCAGGUGACGGAUGCUUGGUCGUCGAUUUCUCGUAUUCAGGAGUUUAUGCUGGCCGAGGAGCGGGAAGAGGAGGCCAAGUUUGACCCGGAGAUCGAGAACGCGGUUGAGAUGCAUGAUGCUUCUUUCACAUGGGAAAGGACACCUACCCAGGAUAGCGAGGGGACUGUCGGGACAAACAUCAAGAGCAAGUCCAAGCCCACGCCUGGAGAUGCUAGCGAGGAUGCGAGCACUCUAGUGGAAGAGCGGGAGCCCUUCAAACUUCAAGAUCUCAACUUCGAAGUUGGCCGGAAUGAGCUCGUCGCUGUUAUUGGUACUGUUGGCAGUGGCAAAACAUCUCUGCUUGCUGCGUUGGCUGGCGACAUGCGUAAGACGAGCGGUGAGGUCGUCUUGGGAGCGUCCAGAGCUUUCUGCCCCCAGUAUGCUUGGAUUCAAAAUACCACGGUCAAGGAGAACAUUCUGUUCGGCAAGGAAAUGGACAAGGGGUGGUAUUCCGAUGUCAUCAAGGCUUGUGCUCUGCAGCCGGAUUUGGAUAUGCUGCCUAACAACGACUUGACUGAGAUUGGCGAGAGAGGCAUCACAAUCUCGGGCGGGCAAAAGCAACGGUUGAACAUUGCUCGCGCCAUCUACUUCAACGCUGACAUCGUUCUGAUGGACGAUCCGUUAAGCGCGGUUGAUGCUCAUGUUGGAAGACACAUUUUCGACAAUGCCAUCUGUGGGCUUCUCAAGGACAAGUGCAGAAUCUUGGCCACACAUCAACUCUGGGUGUUGAACCGCUGCGACAGAAUCAUCUGGAUGGAGACCGGCAAGAUCCAGGCUGUUGACACGUUCAAAAACCUCAUGGAAAAUUCGGAGGGUUUCCGGACGUUGAUGGAGACCACGGCCGUUGAAGAGAAGAAGGAGGAUGGUGCUGCUGCAACAGUUCCCGGGGACAGUGGACAGAAGAAAAAGAAGAAGGGCAAGGCGCUCAUGCAAGCCGAAGAGCGAGCGGUGGCCAGCGUGCCAUGGUCGGUGUACACGUCUUACAUCAAGGCUUCCGGCACCAUCUUCAACCUCUAUAUCGUUCUCUUCCUCCUGAUCAUCUCUCAGGGCGCCAACAUUGUCACCAGUCUGUGGCUCUCGUGGUGGACAGCAGACAAGUGGAGUCUCUCAACAGGGCAAUACAUUGGUGUCUAUGCCGGUCUGGGUGCCGUCCAGGCUCUGCUCAUGUUCGCCUUCAUGGUGUCCCUAUCCAUCUUUGGAACGACAGCCAGCAAGGUCAUGCUCCAGAACGCCAUCACCAGGGUCCUGCGCGCGCCCAUGUCCUUCUUCGAUACUACUCCCCUGGGCCGCAUCACGAACCGAUUCAGCAGAGACGUUGAUGUCAUGGACAACAACUUGACUGAUGCCAUGCGCAUGUACUUCUUCAGCAUAGGCUCCAUCAUCUCGGUGUUUUGUCUCAUCAUCGCCUUCUUUUACUACUUUGUCAUCGCCCUUGUUCCGUUGUUUAUUCUCUUCCUGUUUGCUACAUCUUACUACCGAGCCUCGGCGAGAGAAGUCAAGCGUUUGGAGUCUAUCCUUCGGUCCAACGUCUUUGCCAAGUUUGGCGAAGGUCUUUCCGGGGUGGCCAGCAUCCGCGCCUACGGUCUCAAGGAGAGGUUCAUUGUCGACUUGCGUCAAGCCAUUGACGACAUGGACUCGGCCUACUUCUUGACCUAUUCCAACCAGCGGUGGUUGUCAAUCCGGCUCGAUCAAAUCGGCAACCUUCUCGUCUUCACAACGGGUAUCUUGGUCGUCACAUCCCGCUUUUCCGUGCCCCCUUCCAUCGGCGGUUUGGUCCUGUCCUACAUCCUCGGCAUUGCAGGCAUGAUUCAAUUCACCGUCCGCCAGCUCGCCGAAGUCGAGAACGGCAUGAAUGCGGUCGAGCGCCUGUUGUACUACGGUACCGAGCUCGACGAGGAAGCGCCCCUCAAGACCAUCGAACUCCCCAAAGAAUGGCCCCAUCACGGCGAGAUCGUCUUUGACGAUGUUCACAUGCGCUACCGCGAGGGUCUCCCCCUUGUCCUGCAGGGCUUAUCAAUGCACAUCAAAGGCGGCGAGCGCAUCGGUAUCGUCGGGCGGACAGGGGCAGGCAAAUCAUCCAUCAUGUCCACCCUCUUCCGCCUUGUCGAGAUCUCGUCUGGAAAAAUAACCAUUGACGGGGUUGACAUUUCCACCGUUGGCCUCCACGACCUCCGCUCCCGGCUGGCAAUCAUCCCCCAAGACCCGACCCUCUUCCGGGGCACAGUCAGGUCCAACCUCGACCCCUUUGGCGAGCACUCGGACCUUGAACUCUGGGGUGCCUUGCGUCAAGCCGAUUUGGUGUCUGACACCCCUUCCCCUUCCUCUUCCCCUUCCCCUUCCUCACCUGAAGCAUCCGCCAACCGGGGGGAGAAUAAUUCCUCGUCUUCCAAAAUCCACCUCGACAGCACGGUCGAAGAAGACGGUCUCAACUUUAGUCUUGGGCAACGCCAGUUGAUGGCUCUGGCUAGGGCACUGGUCCGUGGUUCGCAGAUCAUUGUCUGCGACGAGGCCACCUCGUCAGUGGACAUGGAAACAGACGACAAAAUCCAGGCUACGAUGGCAAAGGGGUUCAAGGGGAAGACGUUGUUGUGUAUAGCGCACCGGUUGAGGACGAUUAUGGGGUAUGACAGGAUUGUGGUGAUGGACAAGGGGAGGAUAGCGGAGAUUGGGACGCCGAGGGGGUUGUGGGAGGUGGAAGGGGGGAUUUUCAGGGGAAUGUGCGAGCGGAGCGGGAUUAGGGGGGAGGAUAUACUGGGUAGUGGGCAGCAGUAA